GUGGCACCGAAGAAAGCCGAGGUCGACCCGACAAUGAUGCUGCAUUGUUCCGACACCACAUUCCAAGAAGCCAUCAGUACAAUGGACAUGAAGGAGCUGGUCGACACGGUGGCAGCACUGCAGAACGAGAUGCUACACGAACAAGCGAACUUCAACGCGUUGAACCAGCGUCUGCAGCGUCUGGCGGACGACGCGUCACGACAGGAGUAUCGCGAGGUGUCGGAGGCGCUGCUGCGGUCGCAGACGCGCAUGUCCAUGCUGUGCGCGAGAAACAUGAGCUGCUUCGCCAAGCAAGCGACGAGGCUACAACGACAAGCUCCUGAGUAUAGGUGGCCGCCACGGUCACACAGGGAAGCGCCUCCUGCGGCGUACAAUGCGGUGACAAAUGACAAAGUGACGUCACAGCCGCCGUCGGACAAACCUCACACCAACGCGGCUGCCAGGUCCGUCGCCGCGGCAACCGGCAGCGACGAUCGCUUCGUCAGACAGAGCCACCUGGUGGUGGAUCAGGAGCCGGCAAUCUCGCCCGGGAUGUAUGCUUCCAAGGUUCCCUGGAUCAUCAAGAAACCGCGAGCGAACGCCGCGGACGUACGCACGGACGUCGUCAACCAGACGAAGGUGACAUAUCGCGUCGUCAACCCCGCCGUCGCCGCGGCAACGACAACGACGACGACGCGACCGCACCUCGCUCCCUUCACCGUGAAACCCAACCCGUCUCGCGCCGCGGCGCCGAUUCAAAAUGACGUCUGGCGAGACGCGAGGGAGGCCGACGACGACGACGACAAGAGAACAUCCAGGACGAACGGAGAAUCCAUCGAGAUCGUCGCGUUGGAAAAACCCGAAAUGGCUCGACGCCGGGACGAGGUAAAACCCGAGACCACCCGACGCCGGCACGAAGUAAAACCCGAGACCGCCCGACGCCGGGACGAGGUAAAACCCGAGAUGGCGCGGAGCCGUGACGCGGCGGGGCAGAACGGACGCCAGGGGGCGCCGUCAGCUGCGGACGAGGAACAGGAGCGCUUCAUCCCGGGAAGCGUGUCGCGAUUCUCCGCUCUCUUCGAAAACCUCAACGUAGAUGACGGCAGAGCGGCGUCGCGUCGCCACGGCAACGGCCCGGCGAGGGCGGCAGACGACGGCGACGGUUGCCACGCUACGAUGCGCGCCGCCGAAUCACACAACAACAAGGUUAGUCAGCUGUCCUACCCGACGGAGUCUGGUUAUAACAGUAACGACACCGUGUCACCCAUCCCCAGCGAUCGUCACACUGACUUCGACAGUCCCGCCUCCGCCGUCCUCAGCGACGCAGGAGGAGGAGGAGACGCCAGAGAGAUCAUCAUCGGUGGAGAGGGGGAGGUGCCCUGCUCUGUCAUCGACGAGCCAGGCAACAACCACGAGCUGGCAGACGGAAAGUUCGAAUCCAUGGAGGUCGCGUGUGAACCGGAGUUUAAAGUCUUCCACGUGCAGCACAGCCCCGGUGUGAGCGCGGAAGAGGAGGAGGAGAGCGAGGAGGAGGAGGAGGAGGAGGAGCCGAGGGAGAAGGACAGCUUCGUCGUCAAGGGGAUCCUGCAUCUCGAUCGCGAAGGCGCUGAUUGGCCGCCGGAGUAUCGCUUCGACAAUGACGUCGGCGAGUCGUGUACGGACGAGCUUUACCGCGCUGAGGUGCUGCCACCUAGGAACGUUCGCUCGCCACCCGAGUACAGAGAUGUGGAUGCGGGGAAGGUCAGACCACUGGAGGUCGUACUGGAGGAGGAGGAGCUUUCCGCUGCUGGCGAGCGGGCUGACGCGGGAGGGCUUAAAACAAUUGAGCGCCAAUGCAUGGAUGAACUCAUAGACGACGCUCCGCGAAUGAAGUACUGGGAUCCUACGACCUUGCUCCGGGAGCUGUACAGGAUCGAGCCUCCACCGCAGGAAGGAGCCAGUGUUGCAUCGGAGGAGGAGACGCCCACCUACAUCCCGAUGGAGGGCUACAUGGAGAAGCUCCCGCUAGGCAAGAAGAAAUCAACGUUCUGGAAAAGCUGGAAGCGGAGAUUCUUCCGAGCGAGAGAUGGCUAUCUGUAUUACUAUGAGGGAGGUAACAGAGAGCAGGCGAGCGGGUGCAUGAAGCUGGCAGGGGGCGCUGUCGAGGACAUGGGAACGGACAUGCUGGGAAUCGAUGACGGGCGAGGUCGGUUUCUUGUUGUGAAGACACUCAGUGCUAAAGACAAGCAUCUGUGGAAGCUGUCACUGAGCAGUCAGGUCGUAGAGAACAGACAGGCUCUGUACGUACAACCCUCCCUCACGUUCACACCUCAUCCCAACAAGCAGGUGAUCAUAGUGGAUCUGGGAAGUUCGUCGGUGAGAGCUGGAAUCCUCGGUUCUAAACGUAAGCUCUCCCUUCCUGCUUCAAACUACCCCUUGGUGGAAUGCAACCCCCAGAGAAAUCAGGUGAAUUUCCAAGGAAAACUCGCACCCCAUGGCAAUGACAAUGAUUGUGGAGGCAAAGUAGUGGCCAAAGUUGAACAAGGUUCACUGUGCUUCGUAAAAAGAGGCCAUAAGGUGCCACGACCUCAGACUGGUGUGUUUUACUACAGUAGCUACAUCGACAACUGUAUCAAGGAAGGCCAACUAUUGAGUCUGAAUAAGUACAGUAUUAGGAAUGAAGAUUAUUUGGAUGAUGAGCAGGUUAGAGAUGAAGACGUCGAUCCUUCUCCUGACGUGAACUCGUCGCCGCACCGCUACCACGCUGCGUACGUCGGCGCGUGCGUCUUCGCCGGCCGCUCAGAGUUCGAUGACUCAUGCAUCAGUGCAGACGACUGGAGGGCGUCACCUGAACUCUGUCUAGACAAGUGGAACCCAUGA